AACACCCGACGCCACGCGCCAUUCCUUCGUUUUUGACACGAAUAUCAAUUUAUAUACACAUAUUUUUGUAUUUAUUUGGCGGAAUGAACGACGAACAAUUAAUUGAGUUGGUGAAACAAUAUUCUGUUCUAUAUGACGUGAAAUUAGCUCAAUACAGGGACCAUAAUGUGAGAAAUAAUGCAUGGGAAGAAAUAGCCGAACAAAUGAAUUUAAGCGUUGAAGAAGUAAAAAAUAAGUGGAGCAAAUUAAGAAACUGCUUCACCAAUGCCUUAAAAAGACGCCGUAAGAAGAGUGGUCAAGCAGCAGCUAAAGCAAUUCCUUGGAAAUUAGAAAAGCAAAUGGAGUUUCUGCUACCAUAUGUUGAAGGCAGAUCUACAGUUACAAAUUUAAGUACAUCAAAUGAUGACGAUUCGACACAUGAUGCUGAAUAUAAAUUUUCUGAAGAAUCUGUAGUUUCACCUUCUGUUACUAUUCGUUCACCAACUCCAGGGACCUCCUCUUUAAGGCCAUCUGUUCCAAGAGAAUGUACUCAAAAUUCGACUGCAAGUUUUACUCCGAGUAGUUUAAAUAAAAAUGAUAAUGACACUAAUAUAUUAAAAGAAAUGGUAAGUGUAAUGAAAACAACACAGGAAAUGAGACUGAAGAGAGCAAUAUCAGAUAUGGACGACGAUGACUUAUUCUUUUUAUCAAUGAGUAAGCAACUAAAAAAGUUACCUAAAACGGACCAAGCUAAAAUUAAGUUUCAAUUACACAAGCUUAUACACGAAUCGGAAAUGAAUAUGCUAAAUAACCGUUCAACAAGUUCUGAAUACUCAAAUAAAUAUAACUAAGAUUUUAAAAGUAAGACAAAGUACAUAAACACAAGUUAUGACAUCAGAAGAAGGAAAUACAGAAGUAGAA